AUAUAUAUCUGAUAUAAAAGAAUUCUUAAUUGACAUACAUACAAACAUGGAUACAGCAAUAUCACAAAUCUAUAAGCUAUCUAUUCAUGAGCAUCCUCUUUUCUUUUCAUCUAUGUUUAUUAAAGGGAAAUGUGAUGGCUGCCAGGACUGUGCAGAAUCCCCACUAGAGAUAAAUCAUCACCCUUUCCAUCCUGAGCAUCCUCUCUUGCUCACCAAGAUGGCUCCAGCGGAAGAUGGUACUCCAUGUGACUUUUGUGGACAAGAGAUUUUGUCCACAUGUUAUACUUGUCCCACAUGUAAAUUCAAAGUGGAUUUAAUUUGUGGGACUAAACCCUGGCCGUCUGUUAUUAAAAAUCCGGUGUGUCAUGACCAUACACUUGUGUUUUUGAAGAAAAGAAUGGAGGAAGAUAAGGUCCCUUGUGAAGUAUGCAAGGAAUCUAUCGAUGGACCUUCAUAUUCAUGUCUUGAAUGCCAAAACGUGUACUUUCACUUGGAUUGUGUUCAUCUCUCAAAAGAGGUAGAUCAUCCUUCCCACUCUAGUCACCCCCUUAAAAUCAUGCCAUCUGAAUCACUCAUAGAUGAUGAUGAUGAUGCGCAGAAGAGUUGUAGUUUCUGUUUAGUUCAACCAAAAAAUGUGCUUUAUCAUUGUUCUAUUUGCAAUUUUACGUUGUGCCUUGGUUGUACCAAACGUCCACCACCUCGUGUUUUUUAUGACGCCAAGACUCACACCCAUCCACUGACACUCUUUCCGAGUAAAAUCAAAUUUACUUGCAAGGUUGCUGGGAUUGAAAUCGAUAGCUAUUCUUAUAUAUGUCUCAAGUGUGAUUUUCUUGUCUCUGGAUAUUGUGUUGGCUCACCCCGCAUCAUAAACAUCAAUCGUCAUGAUCAUCGCAUCUCUUUUACGCAUCAUCUUGGACAUAAGGGUGCAAAAUGUGGAGUUUGUCGGAAAAGUGUAAGUCAGUACUAUGGAGCUUAUUCUUGCUCAAUUUGCCCUAAAUAUGCAGUUCACUCACGAUGCGCAACUGAUUUUACUGUAUGGAAUGGUAUGGAACUCGAAGGGAUACCUGAGACCAGCGAAGAUACUGUGCCAUUUAAGGUGAUGGGUGAUAAUUUGAUAUGUCAUUUCAUGCAUGAAAAACACAUUUUACUGCUCUUGAAAGAUUAUGACAUGGUUGGUGAUGACUACGAGAGGUUACGAUGUCAAGCAUGCGUCUCACCGAUUGGGUUUGGCUCAGUCUACAGUUGUCAGGAAUGUCGUUUUCGAAUCCACGAAAAGUGUGCUCAUCUUCCUAUGAAGAAAAACCUUGUCUUUAGCCCCAGAUCAUACAAGUUGGAGUAUCAUCAAGGCAAUGCUGGAUACUGUAGAUUGUGUGGUAUAUUCUCUGGUGGGUUUAAGUACACAUCACUAGCAAUGAAUGGGCUAUCCUUUAUAGAUGUACAUUGUAGUUCCAUUUCUGAGCCAUUCGUCCAUAAUGUGCAUUUGCAUCCCUUAUAUUUUGUUAGAACAAAGAAGGAACGUUAUUGCAGUGCAUGUAGAAGAGAUCCAGAUUGCUACAUGCUCAACUGUAGUGCUUGUGGCUUUGACUUGUGUUUGUAUUGUGCUACUUUGCCUGAAAAGAUAUGGCAUAUAAGUGAUGAGCACCCUCUCACUUUAUAUUAUGGCGGAAAGGAGGCAACCAGCAAAAACUGGUGUGAAGUUUGUGAGAUAGAGUUAGAUUCAAGUAAAUGGUUCUAUACAUGUUCUGAUUGUGGAGUCACUUUGCAUGUUCAAUGUGUAGUAGGAGACUUCUCACGUCUGUUUCCAAACUGUUCUAUUCGUCGUGGGGGGAAAGAACUUUUAGCGAUUCUUAACUAUCAGAACAGGCCAUUUUGCAGAUAUUGCCUAAUUCGAUGCAAGGCCCCUCUCAUCUUACAGGUUAAUGACGAACAUAACGAAUACAUUUGCUCCAUUUCAUGUUUACAGAGGUGGGAAUCCAACUGCCUUCUAGCGAAAGACGCUAGUUGAUUGGUUAUAUAUAAAAACGCAAGUUAUGUAAUGUAUUUUCUUUUGUUAAUGAAAAUAAAAAUAUGUUUUUUUUUA